ACAUCAUAACCAAAAUGUUCUUCAAACUAGCUUUUGUCGCCCUUUUGGCUAUUGCUGCCAUCAACGCCGCUCCCCAGCUGCCGGAGAUGCCGGAGAUGCCCUCGACCCCCGAAAUGCCCUCGACUCCGGAGAUGCCAGAAAUGCCCGCCACCCCCGAGAUGCCCGCCACGCCGGAGAUGCCCGCCGGAAGCGAGAUGCCCUCGAUGGAGAACGCCACCAUCCCGAACCUGCCAAACCGCAUCUCGAACCGAAUCUCGAACCGGGUUAACAGCCGCAACUGAGCGUUGCUUGAGGAGGAUGAUGCCGGAAAUGGGACGAUGUUGGCCUUAAGUGAAACGUGUAUGCGGGGAUUGUAAAUAAUAAAAGGAAGAGUUCGUUUCAAAAAUUUAAAAA